AUGAAGGAGUCUUAUUGGUUUCAACAAUACACAUGGGCACUAUUUAAGGCAAUGUCCCAUAUGCUUUCAAUCGGCUAUGGACGUUUUCCUCCGACGAGUACGCACGAGGCUUGGAUAACAAUCGUUAGUAUGAUGACAGGCGCCACUUGCUAUGCUCUUUUUGUUGGCCAUGCGGCUGCUUUAAUACAGUCUUUUGACUGUUCUAAAAGGCUAUAUAGAGAAAAGUUUAAGCAAGUUGAAGAAUAUAUGGUAUACAGGAAGCUUCCAAGAGCCUUGAGGCAACGUAUAACAAAUUAUUAUGAGCACAGGUAUCAAGGUAAAAUGUUCAACGAAAAUGCUAUUUUGAAUGAGCUUUCAGAGUGCUUAAGAGAGCAAAUUGUCAAUUAUAAUUGCAGAGCAUUAGUAGCAGCAGUUCCAUUUUUUACAUAUGCAGAUCAAGAUUUUGUAUCAGAAGUAGUGGUUAAAUUGAGAUAUGAGGUUUUUCAACCUGGAGAUUUAGUAAUCAAGGAAGGCACUAUUGGUACAAAAAUGUACUUCAUUCAAGAAGGAAUCGUUGAUAUCAUUACGAAAGAUGGAGAAGUAGCAACAAGCCUGUCAGACGGAUCCUAUUUUGGGGAGAUCUGCUUGCUUACAAAUGCUCGUCGUGUUGCAAGUGUGCGCGCAGAAACAUAUUGCAAUGUAUAUUCUCUAGACAGAGCAAGUUUUCUUGAAGUUCUGGACAAUUAUCCUUUAAUGCGCCGAACAAUGGAGUCUGUUGCUGCAGAAAGAUUGAGUAAAAUUGGUCAAGAUCCUCUUGUAGUCAGUACAAGAAAUGAUCUCAGGGAGGAUCUCAAACUGGUUAAGGAAAUCGUAAAUCAAGUAAAAUAA